ACAGGAAGUAGACUGACUGCUGAUCAGCGAAAGGACAGCAAAGUAACUAAGAUACGGAAGAUAAUUGGCAAAGUGGUUAAUUCGAAAACGUCCGCUGGUCCUAACUGUAGGCCUUACAGGAGGGAUAUAGACAGUCACUGCUCGCUGGUUUCGAAAAGCAUGGAGCAGCCCCUUCAUAAGACAAUGGUGGACCCCAUGCUAGCAGAGAUGGGGCGAAAUCUAAAUGAUGCCAUGAAGAUUCUUGAAAAUGGUCAAAAGGAGGCAGACGAAGACUCAGGUCAACGGCGACCCAGCUGGAGAGAUAUUCCAGGACCACUACAGGGGGAUGGUCAGGAUGUUGCCAGUAUUCUUCAGCUGGUGCAGAAUCUAAUGCAUGACGACGAAGACAAACAGAGUCAUCGCAGGAUGCAGUAUGUGGGGGAGCAGGGUCACAUGGCCUUGUUGGGGCACAGUCUAGCGGCCUACAUCUCAGUGCUGGACCGUGACAGACUCCGCAAGCUGACCACACGCAUCCUGUCUGACACUACCCUCUGGCUGUGCAGGCUGUUCAGGUAUGAGAAUGGCUCUGUGUAUUACCACGAAGACGACCGUGAGGGCCUGGUGAAGGUCUGUCGCCUGGUGAUAAACGCUCGCUACGAAGAAUAUUCCACAGAGGGGUUCACUGCGCUCAGCUCCAAACAGCCGGUCAUCUAUCAGAGCGCCGCCUGCAGGUCGGGGCUGGGACAGCACCUCUGCAGCCAGCUUGGGCUUCCUCUGUCCAGCCUUUGCACUGUGCCCUGUAACACCAUGUUUGGAUCUCAGCAUCAAAUAGAUGUGGCCUUGUUGGACAAGCUUAUUAAAGAAGAUGUUGACACGGGGAAGGUCCCUCUGCUGUUGAUAGCCAAUGCAGGAACGCCUGGGGCUGGACACACAGAUAAACUGGGACGCCUGAAAGAGCUCUGUGUCCAAUACAACAUAUGGCUUCAUGUUGAGGGGGUGAAUUUGGCGACUCUGGCCUUGGGUCAAGUCACAUCUCCAGUUAUGGCAGCUACCAAGAGUGACAGCAUGACCCUCACUCCAGGUCCAUGGCUUGGACUUCCUGCUGUGCCAGCUGUCACACUUUAUAGACAUGAGGACCCAGCUCUGUCUCUGGCAGCGGGACUGACCUCCAGUCAGCCAGUGGAGAAGCUUCGUGCCCUGCCCCUCUGGCUGUCCCUGCAGUACUUGGGGCAUGAUGGGAUAGUGCAGAGGAUUAAGAACGCCACGCAGCUCAGUCAACAGCUGCUGGAGCAUCUCAAGACACUGGCCUUAAUCAAGACCUCAGCUGGGGUGUCUCACUCACGGCUCCCCCUGCUGGCUGGGAGUUCUCUCCGGGAUGUCCUGGGCUCUCUCAUUCUGUCCAUUGUGGAGGAUGAGCUGAACUCUCCAGUGGUGGUGUUCAGGUUCUCCCAGGACACCAGUGCAGCAUCCAGUGGUGGAUCUCUGGAGGGCUAUUUCCCUGGAGAAAAGGAAGUCCAAGAUGCUCUCAACAGAUGGCUCGGAGAGGAGUUGGCCCAGCAGGUACCGUCCAGUGGGGUAGACGUGGUAGAGUUGGAGGACGAGGGCACCUGUGUCCGCUUCAACCCACUCAUGACUGCUGCAGUGUUGGGGACCCAGGAGUCCGACAUCAAAGCUUUGGUGGAGAAGCUGACAGACGUGGUGCCUCUUCUGAGCAGCACGCUGCGCUUCAGGCAGGACUUCAGGGAGGAGAUCCACCACCAAGCCGCCCUUACCUACAUAGAGGACCUCAGCUGGCCGGGCCUGGGUGCCAUAAGGUAUGAGCCUCAGUGUGAGCAGGAUGACGACAACAAGAGGCAACAGGAUGUGGAGAGGAUCAAUGGAGACAUGCUGAAGAAACUAAUGGAGUUAGAUGCAGACAUCUCCUUCUCCACUGGUCCAGAGUUUGGUAAUGAGACUAACUGCAUAUACGUGGGGUUGGCGACUGAGGAUCUUGAUGUGGCAGAGCUGGUGCAAACCAUUGCAGCAACUGGGAGGGACCUUGAAGAAAGCAGCAAGUUGCUAGAGAACAUGACCGAGGUUGUGCGAAAAGGCAUCUUGGAGGCUGAGGCACAACUACAGAAAGCUAAUGAAGAAAAACUCAUGGAGGAGGGAGUCCUGAGGCAGAUUCCCCUGGUAGGCUCUGUGCUCAACUGGUUCUCUCCCACUCAGAUGUCCAUCAAAGGCCAAACGUUCAGCUUAGUUGCAGGUUCCCUGGACUCCACAGAAUCCACUUACGCAAUGAAAACUCAGACAGGGACCACACCUGACACCCCCACAUCAACUGGCAAACGCCUGCCUGGACAAAAGUUAUUCAGGCGAUCAGCAGCUGGCUCAGACACCUACAGCGAAACUAGUUCAGUGGGUCAAGCAGAGGAGAUGCCCCGAGAAACUACCCCACUGCCCCCUGCCUCAGAGGAAGGGGUAACAGAACCUCCUCAGGAAGAACUCGCCACCUCCGAUUCUUCUUUGCCCGAAGUCCAACGCCAGCCAGACGGACAGGAGUCAGAGGUGGACUCCAUCAGAUAAAACAUUAUGAAACUGGAAAGAAGCACCAAGGCCUACAAGUUGUGUAGGUCCCCUUUGGACCCACAAAUGGAGAAUUAGAGUUAGCAUAGACAUAGAUCAUCACCUUAAUACCUGGAGCCAAAUUCACAUGAACUCAUUUUGCUGAUAUGCAAACAAAGAAAAUGAACAGAUAUUUGGAUUUGAGAGAGACAGAGAGAGAUGCGUAUAAUUAUAUUCACACCAUGAACCACUCACACCACUAUGUUGUCUUAACUAGAAGGACACAUUUUAGAAAGAGAUCUACAAAAAAAAAAAAAACUUCUGUCGGUAAUUAUAUAUGUUACAGAAAACACAAAGAUAAGACAUAACACCAUUGACCCCUGAUCACUGUUGAGAUGGGCACUGCCCUUGACGUUGCUCACUCCCAUCCGUCCAUCGCAGGUGCCUGAGGAUUCUCUGUUAAAACAUGUACAGGUUCAUUGUAUACAUAACCAAAGGGCUAUUGUGGCCUUACCGUCAUAAUCAAAGACCUGUAUGCAUUUUUCAUCUUUCUACUGUCUACUCUAAAUACUGCAUAGGCUUUACUGUACAUGAAAUACGGUAAUGAAGAGACUAAUGCUUUGAAACUAAUGCAGAUAUUUUUAACACAGAAAGAGAAUAUAGCCUUAUUGCACUAGUUUGUACAGAGUGUCUUAAUUUAAUCAGGAUGUUUUAAUUAUUUAUUUAUUGUUAUACAAAAUUUGCUAAAUUCAGGAAAAAAAACAUUAAUACACAACUUUAUUUGUUCUAAAGUAUUAGGUAUCCAUAUAGGAUGUUAUCUAAUGAUAGCAUCCAGUCAACACUCGUGUUUUUCACAGACUUGUGAUUGUGAUACAGCACUCACUGUGAAUUCAAAUUGUAUCAGUGUAUUUUUAUAAUGAUGUGUUUGUGGAUGCCAUGUUUGAGUGAGUUAGAGUACAUACACCAAAUGAAUUGAACAGUUCUGGAGUUCGGUUCAAUCUCCACUGAAACUAAUAUUGACUGCAUCAUAUUAAUUUUAAACACUUAAUAAAAAAAUAACAUUAGAAUCCCAAAUGGCAUACAGUUACAUGUUGAUGUCAUUCAUGUGACAUUCUUUACUUUUCAAGUUCUACUGUUCAUAGAAGGGACAGUGAAUUGAAUUCACUGUCAUGUAUUCUGACUAGUUGUUUUUCUUUCAAUUUGUUUGGCUUAAAUAAUCCAGCACAUUGUUAAAUUGUUUUGUCACCAAGUGCAUUUUUUCAUGUUCCCUAAUCUUUUUUAUGUUAAAAUGUAAUCUCCGGUGCAAUAAAAAACUGGGAUUUAGCUGUAGAAGGAUAAAAUGCGGAAAUGACUUGAAUAUAUGUUUGGGGAUUUUGUUUAUUUUAAUACAUUAAAUGACAACCUUAUUAUUUUUUUUUACUAAAGAGUAUCAUCUUUAAUUGAUGUCUAAUAAUAUGUAAUUUUUUGAUUAUCUAUGUAUCUUCUUUUGCUUUAAGCUACUGUAUGAAACCGUACCAUACCUGCUGAUCCACUAUGAAAUAUGCCUAAUUUUGAUCAUUUGUCCAGUGAAAUAUAUUAAAUUGCAAAAUUACAUCUA